GCACAAAUGUACAAGCUCGGUUGUGCCUUGCGAGGGCGCUACGAUGACUUUUUGGGCUCGUAUUAUCACCCCAAGGACGUGUACGCUCGUAGCUCGGACAUAAGCCGCACGAAGAUGUCGUUGAUGCUCGUGCUUGCGGGACUUUAUCCCCCUUCGGCCGUGCAAAGCUUUCGCGACGGUCUUAACUGGAUGCCCGUGCCGUUUGUCACAGUUCCGAAAGAAUUGGAUUUUCUCCUGCUGAUGUUUGACAAGCCAAGGUACACACGGAAAUUGCACGCCCACCAGACGGCUAGUGCAAAAAAAUCAUCGCCAGUGGCUCUGAAGGUGAAGGAAUUUUUCCGGGAUACCGACGUGCAUGUUUUCAAAACUGAAUCCAGCCAUUCAGCUGCCUUGUUGUGCUACAACGUUUUAAACACUCACGUGAGAAUUUGUAACAAAGCUGCAAAGUGUCAGCUGCCUGAAUGGUAUUCGGAUGACAUAUUUGACAGUCUGCGGGAGACCGUGAUUGAAAAGCUGGACACCAUGUCUGGGACACUGGAAUUGAAGAAAAUGUUAAUCGGACCUUUGAUCAGAAAAUUCCUCGAGAAUAUUAACGUGUACGACGAAAUGACGGAUCCUAGAAAAAUAUAUCUCUAUAGUUGUCACGAUUUUAACGUGGCUGCCUUUUUGAGAGCCCACGAGGUGGAAGACAUGAAGUAUCCAGAUUUCGGUAGUGCAGUGGUCGUGGAAAAAUUGAGAGACCCUCAGGGAAAACUUCACGUGAGGAUGCUGGCUUGGACGGGUCAGGACGACGAUUUCUUCGCGGUGAAAUUAGGGAAAUGCGGAGAAAUUUGUCCGAUCGAGGAUUAUCUGAAAAUCGUCGAAAACACAGUACCGUCCGAUGAAGAAUUGGACGAAAUUUACAAAGAUUGCAUCGUCGACGUAAAAAAAAUCGAUCUCAACCACGUUUAACUAUUUUUUUACUCAAAUAAUAAACAAGGUACUUACGUAUGAGUAUUAUCUCCUCGCAAUGUAGAAAUUAUAUACUUUAAAUUAAGAAAAAAAAAAACACUAUUUUACUAUGCUGUAAAAUAUCAUUCAGUAUAGAUAAAAAUAAAAUCACGUAACCCUCG